AUGAACUCGCUCCGCUUGGAGGCUGAUGAAGCUGUCGCCAAGGUGGAGGAGCUCCAGGGCAAGGUCAAGACUCUUGAGCAGGAGAACCUAGCAAAGGAGCAGGAGAUUACCUCUCUGCAACACAACAACGGCCUCCUCCAGGCCGAGGUCGAGAAGCUGGAGGCCGCCAUCACGGACUUCAAGAAGGUGGCCGACGAGGGUCAGGAGUUCGGAACUCAGAAGGAGACACUGCAGCGACGACUCCAGCUGCUAGAAGACGAGGCUGAGGAGGCCGACAAGACUCUUCGCGAGGCCAACGAGAAGCUUCGACAGACUGAUGUCAAGGCCGGACAUUUCGAACGCAAGGUCCAGGCCCUCGAGAAUGAGCGCGAUCAGUGGGAGCAGAAAUAUGAAGAAAUGGCACAGAAACAUGCAGCUCUGCAGAAGGAGCUGGAGGAGCUCCAGAAUGAGAUCGGAAAUAUCUAA